AUGGUAGAGUAGACCAACCGCCGACGACUUGCUGAGGUGAUUGACAUGGGCUCUGCCAAUCAGGGGGCGGGUGAGGCCGCUGGGCCGGGUCACCGAAUAGAGAGCGGAGAGCGGCCUAGACAUGGAUGACCGAGAGUAUGAUCUGACGGCCAAGCAGAAGGCGGUCAAGGACAAGUACCCGCCCGUCACCAAGAAGUACGAGUAUUUGGACCACACUGCUGAUGUUCAGUUACACUCAUGGGGUGAUACAGUAGAAGAGGCUUUUGAGCAGGUUGCCAUGGCGAUGUUUGGCUAUAUGACAGACAUAGAAACUGUGCAGCCAUUAACCACCCUUGAAGUAAAGGCUGAAGGACAUGACAUGCAAUCACUGCUCUAUAAUUUCAUGACUGAAUGGCUGUACCAGUUCAGCGCAGAAACGUUUUUUAUUCCAAGGGAGAUGAAAGUGAUUCACAUAGACAGAAAUAAUUACACAAUUCGAUCGAUAGGAUGGGGUGAAGAAUUUGAUCUGGCCAAGCAUCCUCAGGGCACAGAGGUGAAGGCCAUCACAUACUCAGCAAUGCAGAUUCAUGAAGAGCAAUCGCCUCAGAUUUUUGUUAUCAUUGAUAUUUGACUUUUUUCACUCUGCUUUUCCGUUCUGUCUAUCAAAAACUAUGUCCAAAGUAUCUUUUUACAAUAACUGUGUUGGAAAUAAUGUGCCAAGGUGGGCUAAUAUCUGGCAAACUACCUGUUGAGCAAACACUAACUUAUUAAAAGAAGUUAACUUGCCAAGCUGGACGAAGAAAGUCCAGAUGUGACACUUCUGGCAAAGAUGGUAAUUCAGUAAAUUAGAAAAUAUCUGUCCUGAGCUGGAUAAGUAUAUCCCAUCUACUUAGGUUUGGUAGAAUAAUGUAUUUCUACUUAAUUCUAACCCUUCUGAAAUGGAUGGAUACCUUGUUUCUACUUUUUGGGCAGUGCUGGCAAUCCGGCUGUUUGUCUGGCAUGCUUACAGACUGAAUGAGAUUGCUGGUAAGGUUUUUAACACUGGGUGCAUUUUUUAAUAUAUCAGAUCUGAAACUGUUAGUGACAUAUUCAGAUAUUUGAAUAUCACUCUAGCAAGGUGGAACAACAGAUCUAUCACAUGGAGUGGCCUAACUACAGAAUGAUAUGGUGUCUUUAAGAACUAACAUGUAAGGUAGAUAACUCGGGAUAAAAUCUAAAUAACAAUCAAACUUAAAGUAGGGUGGAAAAGGAUUCCGGCUAGAACCGGAAUGUGAGGUAACAUCCUAGCAUAUCCUCGGUUGUGUCAGUUGUUAUUGUGAACGACGCAUUUCACUGUAUGUUUCGAUGUACAUGUGAUAAUAAAUCUGAAACUUGAACACGAGAUUCUGCAGAGUAACACACACAAGAUGGGCCAAAGGGCCUUUUUCUGUGCUGUUCUUUUCUGUGACUAUAAAAUGCUGGAGGAACUCAGCAGGUCAGGCAGCAUCUAGAGAGUCGACGAUUCAGGCUGAGACCCUUCAUCAGGUCCUUCACUUCUCAGGCUCUUUUCCAUCAGGCCCUCCAUUGGUUGGGAUCGACCACAGAAACUACAUCCUAGCUGUCAACAUGAUACGCAAGCCAGGGCAGUACAAUAUGGAAAGCAAGCUAUUGUCCAUGCAUCAGGCUCCCCCUCUCCACGCAACUGAUAAAUCAAAUGGAGUGACAGUGACCGACACAGUUUGGCACCAGCACUGUCGCAGGAGCAGCCAGACAGCUUUGAACUCAACGUAGCACUGUCUUAGGGACUCAGAAUCUGGAUUUUUCCUCAGAUCGUUCCCGAAACCGUCCCUGCAUGUGGAUACAGCCUCAAGACAGUGGAGAUUUAAGAUCAAAGUUUUCCUUCUCCUAGAUGAAGUGCCCAACAUGGCUGACAAACCCAUCUGGUUUUAAAGCACCAGGAACCUGCCUUUGCCCCUUCAGUCUGUAGAAGUGGUUCUGCUGGCCUUGGUAGCUAAGCCACAUGUGAAGGCCAGGAACUGGACUUGGUUGUCAGAGGCUAUUUGAAACGUAUGCCAAUCUGAGCAUUUAAUAGGUAGUGAGACCUUAUCCCCGCUAACCCCCCCCCCAGCUGUUACAACCUUCUUUUCCAUAUAAACUACCUAUCCUGCUGAGUUCCUCUAGCAUAUUCUGAAUCUUGAACCUUGAAAUGAUUAAGCCAACUGUGGAAUUUUCCAAAUGGAAAUAUAUUUUUUUAAUUCAGAAAUAAAUUAUUUGGGCAAAAAAACAUAAAUGUGUGGAUGCUAGAUGUCUGAUAUAACAGACUGCUGGUACUACUCAGUAGAUCAGGCAGCAUCUGGAGCACGGCUUCCCAACCUAGGGUCAGCAGACAUCUCGGUUAUUGGUAGGGGUCCGUAGCAUAAAAAAGACCAUCAGAUAGAGUAGAAUUAGGUCAUUUGGCUCAUUGAGUCUUCUCUGCCAAUUCAUCAUGGCUGAUCCAUUUUCCCCUUUCAGCCCCAAACUCCUACCUUCUCCCUAUUUCCCUUUAUGCCCUGACUAAUCAUGAAUCCAUCAACCUCUGCCUUAAAUAUACCCAAUGACUUGGCUUCCACAGCCACCUGUGGCAACAUAUUCCACAAAUUCACAGCUCUCUAGCUGAAGAAGUUCCUCCUCAUCUCCGUUUUAAAAAGAAGUCCUUCUAUUCUGAGGCAGUGUCCUCUGGUCUUAAGACUCCACCACUGUAAGAAAUAUUCUCCACAUGCACUCUAUCCAAACCCUGUAUGAUAAGCCUUUCAAUCCCAGAAUAAUUUUCGUGAAAUUCCUUUGAAUCCUUUCCAAUGUCUGCACAUUGGAAAACACUGAUUGAAAGAAAAUGUGGAAGAUAUGUCGAGCAUUCAUCAACUUGUUCAGUUCCAAUAAAAAUCAGAAAUGCUAUUUACCUGAAAUUGCAGGCUUCACUGACCAGUGCAGAGGCUGUAAGGUUCCUAUUUGUGUUCAUCUUCACUGGAACAGGUUAGAAUGCCAACUGAUACAGCUUUGAACAAGAGAAAAUCUGCAGAUGCUGGAAAUCCAAGCACACACACAAAAUGCUGGAGGUACUCAGCAGGCCAGGCAGCGUCUAGGAAAAGCCUGCUGAAGUCCUGCCGAAGGGUUUCGGCCCAAAACAUCGACUGUACUUGCUGAGUUCCUCCAGCAUCUUGUGUGUGAUUUUCCAACUUUAACAUUUCCCAUCCACCUCUGCUUACAGAUAGGUUCAAGAUGCUCAGCAUUUCUUGAAUCAGUUUUUGUUGCAUACUGAGAUCCAAGUGUCAUGCCCAGUCAACAGCACAAGCCUGUUUAUGUGCUCAAUCUCAAAAUGAUUGUGCACUUAACGAUCUAAAUGAGGGGUUCCUAACCUGUGUCCACAGACACCUUGCUUUAUUGUAUUGAUCCAUGGUGUAAAGAAGUUUGGGAACCCUUGAUCUAAAUGUUGAGAAUCUCUUCCUCCAGCAUUGUGUCCCAAUUCCAGACAGUCCCUUCCAGAACAUACAGGGUGUUGUAUCACAGUUUGGGUAUUCUUUAUCUCUUCUAUCCUCACACCUCUCCUAAUUACAGCUCCUGCAGACAGAUGAACUGGAAACAACACCUCUUCCCACCAGACACCACCAUUACCGCUUGUGUCAGUCACUUCCUCAUGGUCUCCGUACUAUCACAGACAUUCUCUUCUCCACUGUGUCACCCUUCCCUGCAAAUUAAAGCAUGUUUGAUUUCUAACUGUUUCUAGAGCUGAUUAAAGGUCCUCAGUGUGAAACGUUAUCUCAGCUUCCCCCUCCACAGAUGUCACCUGACCUGCCUGUUAUUUCCAGCAAUUUAAGGCAGUGUUGAUGUUGGAACAAUGCAUUUCACUUUUCAAUGGAUUUAUUUGUAGUGAAAAUGAUUUUAAUCUCUUAUUUUUUUAAACAUCCUCCAAGGAAAAUUUUGCUUCUUGGUAUGGUAUACAGGGCCUUGUAAAAGUAUUCAGCCACCAACCCUUUAUCCAUUUAAUUACAACCAGAAAUUUUGAUCAAUUUAACUGAGAAUUUUUAUUUGUGAAUCCCAUGUUCCUUUCACACAGUAGAGCAGAUUCCUUCUUCAGCCCUUUACAUCUUCCACCUGUCACCAGCCAGCUUCUCACAUCAUCCCUCCCUCCCCACACCCACUUUCCCCUU